AUGUCUGUUUCAUCCUUCGGCCACCACGGCAAGACGCCCGCUGCUGUCGCUUACAGGAGUCCUUUUGGUCCUCAAUACACCAUCCCGAAGAACUACCACGGCCUCACCCUCAAGCAGGCCGCGAAAUACGGUGGCCUCGCCGCCGGCUUCGGCGGUGUAGCCGGAUUCUUCGCCCUCUUCUUCUUCGCCGAAGUCCCCAAGGUGCGCGACGACAUCAUGAAGAAGAUUCCCAUCCUGGACAAGUUCUUCACGGUCGAGAUACCGCCUGAGGAUAACCCUUUCUGA